AUGCCACAAGAUAACACCAGGAUCUCGGAUAGCAUUAAAAUACCAGACGAGUUCGUUAAGCUGCUGAUAGUCAGCCAGUCGCAUCUUGGAGGAACCUCCACGAACAAGAGCUUUGCCAGGUACCUCUAUGGAACUAGGCCUCGCGACAGAAUCAACAUCAUUGAUAUCAAUGCGACAUGGGAAAAGCUCAUCAUUGCAGCAAGAGCUUUCUGUGGCAUAAAGCACCCCUCCAGCAUCGCAGUGGUGUCUACGAAGACGUUUGGGAGAAAGCCUGUUGUCAAGUUCUGCGAAGCGGUCGGAGCAACGCCGAUAACCGGAAGAUUUAUUCCGGGGUCGUUUACAAACUCGGAAGUCAAGCGAGUAUAUGACCCAAGAGUCCUUAUUGUUUCUGACACAUAUGCUGACAAGCAGGCUAUCUUGGAGUCGCAAUACUGUAACCUUCCCACGAUUGCAUUUGUUAACACAGACAAUUCUUUAGUGGGGGUAGACAUUGCAAUUCCCAUGAACAACAGAUCUCCAUCGGCAAUUGCUGCAGGGUUUUUUAUCUUGUCAAGGUUAAUUAAUUACAUGAAGACUGGGGCUGAGCUUGUUCGAGACAUGAAGGAGGUUGAGCUCUUCCUGUUUAGAGAUAGCGUCGAGCUUGAGCAGCUUGUUGAGGAGCAGCUUCUUGAGACAACAGACUCCAUUCUUAAUGUUGGAAAGGAGGGGAUUUUGAGUGGGAUAGGCACUGGGAAUGCCGACGAGUGGAACAGCUUCUAG